AUGACGUCGCUCAUGGGACUACCUCAUUCCAUCAAUGACGAGGAUGUACGUGCAGAGUUGCCCAGCUUCGGGGGCUCAAUACAGCGAGUGUCGGCCCUGCGGAUGCAGAUCAAGUUGUCACACACCGUUGCGUCCAUCGGCCGAGAAGUGUAUGGAGUCGAUGGUCGGCUGAACAAGAACUUUCUGUCCAGCACAAGAUCAGUGCUGGCAACAUUGGCCGGGCAGGCCGACGAGCUGCGAGAGACCUUUCCCUUGCCGCUCGAGAAGGGCAGCGUGCAGGGCAUAUCGAGAAUGUCUGCUUAUCUUCACUCUCUAUAUCAUCAGUGCAUCGUUCUAGCAACGCGCCCUCUUUUGAUAUGCUUUCAGAGAAUCCGGUGCGAAUCGGCGGAGGCAUACCCUGGCAUGAUAGAAUCCUCGGCCACAGUUGCCAACCUCAUCAAGCUCUGUGUCGAGUCUUCCCAGCAGAUGAUCGGUAUUCUAGCCUGCCUUGAAGGGCAAGCGCUGUUGGAAAAGUUCCUGCCUCACGAUCUCGAGACGCUUUUUGUGGCUACGGUGAAUCUUAUCCUUGGUCCAUGGCUCGAUUCGUCACUGAAGGAAGCCUCACAACCGUGGCUGGUGAAGGCUUAUGAGUUGUUCUCGGAGAUAACGCAGAGUGGCAACCUGGUCGCGCGGCUGCGCUGGUCUGAGCUCCAGCAGCUGGCUGCUAUACUAGACGUUGCAUGGCCAUUCCAGGGCCAACCGCCUUUUACAUCCUCGUCCAGUGAUGGGCUGCAUCUUGACGUGAACCAAGGGACAGACUCACCCACCAGAGCCACUGCUCCGAAUGCGCGACAACCUGGGCCCGAGCAUGCAUGCGGCAUGGAUCCCAACGACGCUAGCAACAACGUUCUUACUUCCCCGUUGAUGGUUCACACGGACGAGCAGGACCUGUGGGAAGGAGGGCUUACGGCAGAGCAGAUGCUUGAUCUGGCCAACUCAAUUGGCCACACGGAGACGGAGUGGAUGCAUCAUGCUAUGACAGAACACAGCAUCUGGUGA